CCUAGAAAUGGAUUGUACUACUACACUCGUCAUCUUGAUUUUAACAAACCUCGUCUUCCUCUUCGGAGCUUCUUCAUCCAACAAUCAUGGCUACCACGGUUUUCUCGAAUGCAUAAUCCAUGAAUUCCAACUCUCUAAUUCAGCAACUGAUAUAAUCUACACUCCUCAAAAUGCAACAUACUCAUAUCUUUUACUAGCACAAAAUCUCCGGACAGGUUUCACCUCCCCGGAGAAACCCGACCUCAUCGUCACGCCAUUCCACGCGUCAGAAAUCCAGGCCGCAGUCCGCUGUUCCCGCAUUCUCGGCCUCCAGAUCAGAGUCAAGAGCGGCGGCCACGACUAUGAAGGCCUUUCCUACGCCUCUGAGUCGGCGCCUUUCGUAAUCGUCGACAUGAGAAACUUCCGUUCAGUAACGGUCAACGUGAAGGCGAAAACCGCGCGCGUGGAGGUCGGCGCCACGCUCGGCCAACUCUACCACACAAUCUCCCUCAAAAGCAGGACUCUUGCUCUCCCCGCCGGCGCUUGCCCCACCGUCGGCGUCGGCGGCCACUUCACCGGCGGAGGCUACGGCAUGAUAUCGCGCAAGCACGGCCUCGCCCUCGACCACAUCGUCGACGCUAAGGUCAUCAACGCCGACGGAGAAAUCCUGGACCGGAAAAGCAUGGGAGAGGAUCUGUUCUGGGCAAUCAGAGGCGGCGGAGGCACCAGCUUCGGGAUUGUUCUAGAAUUCACGGUGACGCUGGUCUCCAUCCCAGAAACCGUAACUGUCUUUAACGUUACACGAACGUUGGAGGAAAACGCGACGGAGCUAGUCCAUAAAUGGCAAUACAUCGCCAACAAGGUCGACGAGAAUCUUCUCAUCAGACUUUUUAUUGCUCCGGCCCACAGCCCGGAGACCGGAAACCGUACGAUCAUGGCAUUGUUCGUCACGCUUUACCUAGGUGGGACCCGCGGUCUUCUGGCUAUAAUGGAAGAACAGUUUCCGGAACUGGGAUUGAGUAAAUCAGACUGCAUCGAGAUGAGCUGGGUUGAAUCAGCUCUUUUCUUCGCGAGAAUUGAGAAUCGGACGGUGGACGUUUUACUGGACCGGACGCCGGAGGGCGGCUUCGGCUCCGCCUACUUCAAAGGAAAAUCCGACUACGUGAGCUCUCCGAUCCCGGUGAGCGGUCUGAGAGAGAUAUGGAACUUCCUUCUAGAAGAAGAAGGGCAUAGCUUGCAGUUCAGUCCGUACGGUGGAGUCAUGAACUCCUUAUCUGAUGAGGAAACGCCGUUUCCUCAUCGGAAGGGGAAUAUAUUCAUGAUCCAUUACGGCGCGAUUUGGAGGAAUGAAUCAGAAUCACAAGCGCAUCUUGAUGGGAUCAGACGGCUUUACGGCUUCAUGGCGCGCUACGUCACCCGGAAUCCUAGGGCGGCUUACUUCAACUACAAAGAUCUUGAUUUCGGAAGGAACAACGAAGUUGGGAAUACAAGUUACGAUCAAGCUAGUGUUUGGGGGCUUAAAUAUUUUAAGAAUAAUUUUAAAAGACUGGUUCGUGUUAAGACUAAAUUUGACCCCACAAAUUUCUUCAGAAAUGAACAAAGUAUUCCGCCAUUGGUAUCGUAUAAUGAGGAUGGACUUCAUAAACCAUACUAGUCAGCCAUUGGUAUCGCAAAGUAUUCCGCCGUGGACUUCAUAAAACCAUAUAAUGUAUUGGUACUUGCCUUGUUAUUUAAUUAAGAGUCGGAGAAGAUUAUUUCUCAUUUGGAAUGUACAAUAAAAUUGGCCUAUGGUGAAUGUAUAAUGUUUAAUUGAGGUAUUUUUUACAAUUGAAACAAUUUAUUUUUAUUUUA